CUGGAUUACUUGAAAUAGCAUUGCAGAGCCAGUGCAAAGCCAGUUUACACUUUGGCAGUCAUUACUGAUGACCCAAUUCGUUGGAAUUGGUUGAACUAUUUGUCUUGGGGCAAACAAUACUUUCAAAGAGAAGUUGAGAAAACUUUGCACUCAAAGACGGACUCAUGAACUACGAAUGAAAUCGCAUUGUAUCAAUCUGAAAUGAUAUCUUGAGAUUGUUAAGUGCAGAACUGACACGAAAUGAAGAUGGCGACCACAGGAAUUUGCAUCUUGGCUUUACUCUUGUGCUGUGGAGGAAACCUCGCUAUGGCAAAUCCCUUCAGGAUUGAACCACAAAACACUAACGUUGCCCUCGGAGAGACAGUGGUGGUCCCCUGCAUCCUCAAGAACACCACCCUGUCCUACUGCAACAAGGUGUUUUGGUACCGCUCGGACAAGCAACUCUACAUCAGCCAGGACCAUCAAAUCAUCGGACAUGUAUCCAACGACACCGGGAUACAAGUACGCUAUUCUAUCUUGGGGAACAAAUCCACCGGCGUCUACUCCCUGCAGGUACAAGACAUGUUAGAGUCUGACGUGGGCGACUACCGGUGCGUUUGUUUCCCCAAAUAUCACGGACGUCCUUACUUCACUCCCAAGGCAUCACUUUACCUUGUCAAGAGACCCGGGAAUCAAUAUCCUAUAUGUGGAGUCCGCAAUGGGACGGGCACCUUAGUUGUCGGCAAGAGAGUGACAUUCCUUUGUGAGUCCAUGGGCGGCACACCGUCAGUAGCACUUCAGUGGAUGCGCGAAGGAGAAAAUCUUGUAGCUGACUAUACUUCUACCCCUUACUCCAUUAGCGUGUAUCAUAAGACUAUAACUCCAGAGGAUAGCGGAGCCAUUCUAUCUUGUAUGGCGUCAGGAAUCGCUCUGAAAAACAGCCGGAACUGUACGGUUGGACCGCUUAGCGUCAUCUCUCCACUACGCAUCCAAACGCAGACGGUAGUAGCUAAGCAUGGCCCAGGAAGCGAUCCUCGUAUUGUGUUCACCUGCAACUCUAAUGUGACCUACUCUGGACUGGCGGCGUUUAACUACACGUGGUAUGCUAACAGUGUGCGGAUCACGAGAGAGACCCCAGGGUUUGUGCUUGGGGAGAGCGGCAGGUCGGUGCAAGUAACUGAUUUGUCGUUGUUUGCUCAGAGCAUCCAUAUAGUGUGCGAGGCACAAGGGGCGCAGGGAUCACUCGGUAACGUCAGCACUUUCCUAGACAUGGAAGGUAUUGCUGAUCUACCCACAGCAACUCACACAGGGGACAACGUAUUAACUGAACCUCCACUGAAGGGCGUUGUCUCUAUCUCAAACAAUAAGUUCUUCGACAUCAGACCAUUCAUUUAUUUGAUCCUUGGUGCGGUCAUACUGAUGACGACCAUGAUCGCGAUUGUAGUGUGCACCCCAAAGACAUGCUGCAGUUCCACAAAGUCAGACUCCAGACUGAGGCGUCGCGAUUCGCAAUUCACGACCAUGCACUAUGUUCAGCAACCCGGCACCGGAUCCCCUACCAGAGCAAUCGCACAUCAAGAAUCCCUCAACUUGUACGAGUCCACCGACAGUGACACAGAGAGUACGAGACAGAGCGCCACCAUACCGCUCCCCUCAUCAAGCCAGAAGCAACAGGUGCAGGCGACACUGCAUGUCGUGGUCCACUCCGGUAAUGAAAACACCGUCAACCAGCAGCACCAGACCACGCUACGAACGAGCUCAGCCAAUAUCGACGAUCAGGGUAUCUACCAGGAGGUUCCGCCCACUCCCCCACCACCACCCCCGCCCCCUCCGUCCAGUAGAACCCUCAACUACCAUCAUCCUAAAAUGGCCAGAGCGACGGUGCGGACCCAGACAUGGGGUCACUCCUCCUGCAACAAGAACCCUUUCAGCUACGGUCAUGUGCGUCCGGACUUGAUGCACUAUGAUAGCCUAGGACGGUGCUACGUUCAAACACUCCCUAUGAAGCACACAAAACCUCCCGUGCCACAGUCAUUUCUGUACAAUGACCUUUCACCCUACCAAGACUGGAACAAGACGCAUCAGAACAGUUUGUACGAGAACAUACCAACGCACGGCAGAACAAUGUCGAUGAGUAGAACUGGAUUUUGAACACGCUGAUAAAGUGAUAACAAACUGUACAUUUUUAUUUUCUGUGCAUUGUGCCAAACUUUAUAUUUGUAUAUAUAAACAACCAUGUGCAUGUACACGCUGCUGUGGUAGUUGUGGUUUUUUGGAGCAACCACAAUUUUUAACCAGAUAUUUACAUACACUGUAGUACACUUUAUACAUAUGUACAUGUAGUUAUGAUUAUCAGAGACCUUGUUAUUAGAAUGAUGCUUGAACUCAGGAGACCUUUUGGUGAAAAACUUGUACAAAAAUACACAGACAAAUAACUCAGAACCGGAAGUAAUCAAGUUUCAAGUGACAGGCUUGAUACUUUGUUCUUGUCAGGACAAAGCAUUUUUUCUUGAUGGCACCUACAUAUAUAGUUGUGAUAACGUAACCCUCCUUCGCCGUCGGGAGGAGGGUUACGUUAUCGCAACUACUUAAUACAUUGCAGAACAUUUUUAUUUCUACUGGAAUAUUUCAUGGGGCACUACAUGUAUGACUUUGGGGCAUUAUGACUUUGGGGCAAGGGGGCAAUUGCCUCACAUCAGGCCUGGAUUACACAAUUUGUACAGUAUUGUUGGUAGUAUUAGCCACUACAUGUAUAACAGAUUUUCAGUACUUCAGUUCAACGGUACGAAGGUUUUUAUAUUUCAAACUUGAUUUUGGAAAAGAUGCCAGUUUUGGUGGUUCCCAAUUUAAUUUGGUGUAAACCUUUUUUAUUCACAGUCAACACUUAAACUUUUUAAUCAUCUUACUCACAAGUGUACAGAAUAUAAAAAGUCUAUUAAAUUUUAAAAAGGAUUGAUUUGUUAUAGUUUUCUUAAAAAUGUGUUUUGCGAUCUGUUUGAAUCCCGAUCACAAUUCCUUCAAAAUCAAUUGCCUUCAGUGAUCCAGAAGGACUGGGACCUACAAUACAAGUGCGAUUAUAACAAGGGGUAUGCUGUUGGUAAUUGUCAACGAUUCUCAUUCUCACUUGGUGAAUCCCAAUGCAUAAAGUAAUAAACCUACAGUUGAAGUUUUGUCUCAAUUCAUCGUUUAAAGGCAGUGGACACUAUUGGGAAUUACUCUUAGUUAUUAGCAUAAAACCUUACUUGGUAACGAGUA